AUGUGGGGUCCCGAUAGGGAGCUGUGGCUGAUGUCGGUGGAGGGACCUGCCAAGUCCGCGCUUGCUUGGCUGCUUGGCCGGGGAUUGUUGGAGCUCUAUCCCGACUUCGUGAGGCUGAUGACUAUUGACUGGCGUAGGCUAGCUCAUCAACAUCCCAACGAAUCUGUCAAUAUGGAGGUGUUACUAGGAAUCACGGGCAAGGACUUCACCUUGAUUGCAGCUUCGAAAGCUGCGAUGCGAGGUGCCUCCAUCCUCAAGGCUGAAGACGACAAGACCCGACACUUGAACAAGCACACGCUGGUAGCCUUUUCUGGAGAAGCUGGAGACACGAUCCAAUUCGCCGAGUACAUCCAAGCGAACGCCCAACUCUAUUCGAUGCGAAACGAGAGCGAUCUGUCACCCGCUGCCCUGGCCAACUACGUCCGAGGCGAGUUGGCAUCGAGCUUGCGAUCGCGAAAGCCGUACAACGUCAACCUCCUCCUGGGAGGCGUCGACCCCAUCACCCUCAAGCCCUGCUUGUUCUGGCUGGACUACCUAGCGGCGCUGGCGCCCGUUCCCUAUGCUGCCCACGGCUACGCACAAUACUACUGCCUCUCUAUCCUGGACAAGCACCAUCACCCGGACAUGACGCUGGUGCAGGGGAUGAAGGUCCUAGAGAUGUGCACCGACGAGCUCAAGAGACGCUUACCGAUCGACUUCAAGGGCAUGAUGGUCAAGGCAGUGACUAAGGACGGCAUCCGGGACAUCGAGUUCAAUGAUGACAAGAUUGUAAAGUGUCCUUGA